GUCCACUGUGCGAGUCCUGCGGAUGGGUUGCGGAUCCUCGCAGACAUGGUUGCGCUGGGACCUGCCCUUGGGCUGGUGCUUCCAUUACUCCUGUGGGCCCACAGAAGUACAGGUACUAAUUUUCGCUUUGCUUCGUACAUCAAUAAUUACAUGGUGCUACAGAAGGAGCCUGCUGGGGCAGUGAUAUGGGGUUUUGGCCUUACCGGAGCCACAGUGACAGUGACCCUGUGGCGAGGUCGGGAAACCAUCAUGAAAAAAGUGACCAGUGUGAAAGCAGACGGUGAUACUUGGAUGGUGGUACUGGAUCCUAUGAAGCCUGGGGGACCUUUCAAAAUGAUGGCACAACAGGUUUUGGGGAGAAUGAACUUCACCCAGACAGUUCACGAUGUCUUGUUUGGAGAUGUCUGGCUCUGCAGUGGGCAGAGUAACAUGCAGAUGACCGUCCUACAGAUACUUAAUGCCUCAAGGGAGUUGUCUAACACUGCUGCCUAUCAGUCUGUCCGCAUCUUCUCCGUCUCUCUCCUUCAGGCAGAGCAGGAGCUGAAGGACCUGGCUGCCGUUGACUUGCAGUGGUCUAAGCCCAACUCAGAGAACUUAGGCCAUGGAUAUUUCAGGUACAUGUCCGCAGUGUGCUGGCUUUUUGGGCGUCAACUAUAUGACACUCUGCAGUAUCCCAUUGGGCUCAUCUCCUCCACCUGGAGUGGGACACCCAUUGAAGCCUGGUCAUCUGGAAGGUCACUGAAAGCCUGUGAUAUUCAUACACAAGGGUACGUUCCACGUGAUUCUGUAACUGGUCCCUUCGAGCACUCUGUUCUCUGGAACUCCAUGAUCUACCCGCUCCAUAAUAUGACUCUGAAAGGCGUGAUAUGGUACCAGGGGGAGGCCAAUAUGAAUUAUAACACAGACCUGUACAACUGCACGUUCCCUGCACUCAUUGAAGACUGGCGCCACACCUUCCACCUCGGCUCCCAGGGGCAGACACAGCUCUUCUUCCCGUUUGGAUUUGUCCAGUUAUCUUCAGUUUUGUUUGAGGACAACCCAGAUGGUGGAUUUCCCCAGAUCCGUUGGCACCAAACAGCAGACUUGGGCUAUGUCCCCAACCUAAAGAUGCCUAAUACUUUCAUGGCUGUCGCGAUGGAUCUCGGCGAUAAGGACUCGCCUUUUGGAAGCAUCCACCCUCGAGAUAAGCAGACGGUGGCCUAUCGGCUACACCUGGGGGCCCGUGCUGUGGCUUACGGGGAGAAGGAUUUGAUCUUUCAAGGACCACUGCCGGAGAAGGUAGAGCUCUCUGACAGGGGGCUGCUCAACCUCACAUAUUCCCUGGAAAUCAAGGUGCAGAAGCAGGACAAGAAGAUAUUUGAGAUCUCAUGUUGCAGUGACCAGAAAUGCAAGUGGCUUCCAGCUCCCAUGAAUACGUUCUCCACCCAGAGUCUGACCCUGUCAGUCAAUUCUUGUCACGGCACUGUGUCUGCUGUCCGCUAUGCCUGGACCCCAUGGCCUUGUGAAUAUAAGCAGUGUCCCCUCUACCACCCUGGCAGUUCCCUGCCAGCUCCUCCCUUUGUUGCUUCUAUCAUAGACCAGACUGCUGGACAUUAGAACCUGGGUAGCAACUGACAGCUGCGACACCAUCAGAAUUUAGAUAUGGGGGGAGCCCUUUUGAUUUUGGCAUUUAGGAGUUUAAAUAAAAACAACUGUUGUUUUUAAAGGAAAUGAAUGGAAGGCCUUAUUGAAUAGUUUCUAGCUAGCACACAGCUGUUUGCAUAUUCUGAGAGGAGCUGGGGCUGGCAGGUAACUUGAAAUGCUGAUUUUUUAUCCCGAGUCUAAGAGUCUGUCUUGGGCUAAUUCUGAAUGACAAAUAAACUGGACCUCAGAAUGUCAUUCACUUCACUUAUAUCAUUGGGAGUUUAACACUUUUGCCCAUUUUUGUAAAGAACUAUGGGGUCUCAGGGUUGGGAGAUUUUAAAGGCCAUGUGGGCCAGGUAGUGCUUACAUGUUCUUUAUAGAAUCUGACAAGUGGUUAUUGAAUCUCUGAAGUUUCCAUUCUAAACUUCCUAACAGUUGUCCCUUAUGUGGAACUAAAAUCUUUCUCUCAUGUAACUUUACUACGACAUGACAAUCUAUCAAGUAAUUGAAGAUAGACCUAUUUGCAUUCUCUUUAAGCCAAAAAUAAUGGUUCCUGCAGUCUAAAUACUGAUAAUGUGAAUGUUUAAAACAAAUAAACCAAACCCAUGUGUGGGGACUUAAUGUGCUACGGGACUGCGUUAAGGAAUGAAAAGAAAGGGCCAUGUGGUAGAAGCCCAGGGGGGCACUCAGGUCGCAGGAACAGGAGGGCUGGGGAAACAGGACUUAGGAAAGCAUGAAAGUGGAGGCAACAGAGGCAAGUGGAUCAUUCAAAUUAAGUCCAAAUCCCUUAAAGGUUUAAUGAAGGAUAUUCAAGAAGGAAGAAAAAACUGAGGCUGAUAGUGGAGCUACGAGGUGAGCAUACAGUGAAGUAACGCACAGGAGACAAACGGGAAAGCGGCCUCUUGUGUGUGCUAUUAAGACGCUUACUGUGGUGGCAUUUGAAAAUUGUAUUAUCAGAAGUUGGAAAUAAAAAUCGUUAGUGAUGUGUAUAUAUUUCUUUGCAGGCAAAAUUUGGGUAGGAACAAAGCUAUCCGUUUUCCUUAAAGCAUGGGAAAGGCGUAAGAAUGUUUCCUGUGGGUAGCUCUCAUUCCUUUAUGUGACAAUGAGUUAGAGCAGUGAGUGUCACUCACCCCACGUCUGUCUGCUAAGGGGUUCUGGUGUAGCUCCACACAGCAGGAAUAGCUUGGUCAGUGCCAAGAUUUUAUUUAGUUAAAAAAACAAAAAAACUACGCACUCUGCAAGGAACGUUGACUCCUCUGCAGACUUCCUAAGUACACAUUUAACUCCUAACUUUUACCACUCAUGUACCUGGCUCUAUGGGAAUCAUGAAUCUAGUAACUUCUGAGGAAAGUAAAUCUGUCCACUCCUCCACCCCCAGGAAAUCUAUGCCCAUGGGCCGUUCUAAUUUGGAGACAGCAAGGAAUAGCCAAGAACCCUAACACCAGGCUCCUUUCAUCCCCAGUAACUUAGUUACAUAGUAUAAAAAAUUUCAUUUAGGGAGUGGAUACAUCCAAGAAGUCAUGUGUAAUUUUUUUUUUUUUUUAGUAGCGGAAUAAAACAUUCUGUGGGAAUUCACUGUAUUUCCCAAAAUGAACAGAACUUUUUAUUCUUUAAAAAUGAAAUUUAUUAUCACUGUAGAAAAUUUGGUGAUUGCUUCUUUUUUUUUUUUUUUUUGUGGUUUUUGGCCAGGGCUAGGUUUGAACCCAACACCUCUGGCAUAUGGGACCAGCGCCCUACUCCUUGAGCCACAGGCACCGCCCCACUGUAGAAAAUUUGGACACUAAAGAAAAGUCUAAGUAAGUGGUAAUCAUCCCCAAAUGCAUCAGUCAGAAAGAAGCACUAUUUUGGUGAACAUUCACUUAGUUUGUUUGGGUUAUAUAAUUUUAACACUGAGAAUGCCAAAAAAAAGUAUACACAUUUAAGAAAGGAAAAAAUUAUAUUAAAAUUGUAAUAAUAUAUACUGAUAACAAAAGAUGACUACGAGUCACGCUGAGCACCUCUUGUAAUUGCAGGAAGUAUUAUGAAUUAGUUACUAGUUUUUUCCUUUCUUAAAAGGUGUAUACAUUUUUUUGACACCUUUGUAGAGUAGUAUGUAAUCUGUUUUUGACUUAUUUUACCAAAAUAACUUUCCUAUAUAAAUAAAAUAUAGAGAUCUUCAGUUUGUAUAAGCCUCAUACUUUAUUUAAUGAAUUUCCUAUUAAUGGACAUAUAAAUUAAUAAACUUCCACUAUUAAACUAAUACUGUAAUGAAUAUUACACACAAAUAUCACACCACACUUAUCCACUUAUCUCUUAGCGUUCUUAACAUGGAUGAACAGGUUAAAGGAUAAAUAUAUAUUUAAAAUUUUGAUACCCACAGCUUAACCCUCCCAAAGGAUUAAACAAAUUACACUCUCACCAGGGUAUAAUCCCAUUUUUCCAUUGACAGUGAAUGUUGUCAAACUUAGAAAAUCUUUAACAAUCUAGAACAGUGGUUCUAUUGUUAAUAUAGUUCCUCAUGUUGUGGUGACCCCCAACCAUAAAAUUAUUUUCAUUGCUACUUCACAAUUGUAAUUUUGCUACCUUUUUUUUUUUUUUUUUUUUUGCAGUUUUUGGCUGGGGCCGGGUUUGAACCCACCACCUUUGGCAUAUGGGGCCGGCACCCUACUCCUUGAGCCACAGGUGCCGCCCAAUUUUGCUACUGUUAUGAAUCAUAAUUAAAUAUCUGACAUGCAGGAUGUAUUUAGGCGACCCCUGUGAAAGGGUUGUUCGACCCCCAAAGGGGUCGCGAGCCACAGGUUGAGAACCGCUGAUCUAGAUGAUGAAAGGAUAUUUAAAGAGUAGCAGAGCAGUACUUUUCAAGUUCCAAACCGUGAACCAAAGUAGGAGCAUUUUACCUUGUCUCACGCAUCCCGUGUGUGGGUCUUUCUACAAAUACUGUACACACGAUACUUGAAAGUGGCUUCAACCUUUCUCCAUGUGAUACAUUCCAACAUGUUUUAAUUUUAGAUUAUGUAGGUUUUGACUCCCUCAAUUUAUGAACAAGUAAUGAAAUGAGAUUUUAGUUUGAAAAAUAGUUCUAGGAAAUUUGUACUAAUCUAUUAAAAUAAUUUAAAUGUCUUUUAACAUGUAUUAUUCUGAGGCUAUACCAGAACAGAAAAAUAUUUGUUGUAUGAUAAAAGCAGCAUACGUCAUUUCCCUGUAAGUGCAAAUAUGCUCAAGCAAUUUAUGCAGAGAAAGAAGAAAAACAUUAAAAUGUUAAGUUUGAGUAAUCCCUCUCCCACGCCUGCUUUGCUUUGUCCAAAUUAUAUUAGAUUGUUUCCUUUACAUUGUAAAAGGUAUCCAAACUUAUAAAAAACAAUACUUAGAAUCAUAAAUACCAGUUAAGUUAGUUUCCGAGUUGAUAAUGGUCGGUGUGGGUGCUCUAAAGGCUGCUCCGUCUGACCCCCUCCCUCUGCUGCUCAGUUAUUACUGUCGAGUGCUGGUCCCUUUGUGCUGUCCUGAGCUGGCAGCACAUUAACAAUUCACUUCUCACCAGCCUUCCCCCAUUCUCCUCCUUCUCCUCAUUCUUUUCAUCCUUCCCAUUCCAGCAGCCCUGGGUCCCGGCUGCAUGGGUAGCCAAGGCAUCCCACAGAUAGAAUGGAAAUGUACUGACUGCGAUUAGGUGAUACCAUACAUCUCCCCCUUAACGCUAUAACCAGGGUCCAAAAAGUACAGUUGUGUGGACUAUGGAGUUAUGUUGUCACAUGGUUAAUGAAAAAACAGGAAUGAGUCUGUUAUGGAGGAUGGGAACUAAUCCCCAAUUACGUCGUAUCUGAAUUUGUGUUAUAUGGUUUCAAUGUAACGAGCUAAAAGCACAUUCUCCAAAAAGGAACCAAAGGAUGAUAAAGAAGACUUUCUGAUUCCUUGAAGGAUAUGCAAAAAUGUUAAGGAAAAGAUGAACAGUGUCCCAUGGACUGGACUUUCUGGGUUGAUCAUAAGCAGAUUUGAUUUGAUGGUACUGACAUGAAAAUAAAGCAGUAGCCCGGGUUCCAGGGGCUGGGGCUGUACAUCUGAACUAGGAUCAGACUCAAAGUUGGGCUGGGCACAGUGGCUCACGCCUGUAAUCCUAGCACUCCAGGAGGUUGACAAGACCCUGCCUCUACUAAAAAUAGAAAAAUUAGUUGGGUGUUGUAGUGGGUGCCUAUAGUCUCAGAUACUCAGGAGGCUGAGACAGGAGGAUCGCUUGAACCCAGGAGCUGAGGUUGCUAUGAGCUAGGCUGAGGCCAUGGCACUCUAGCCUGGGAAACAGAGUAACAGUCUGUCUCAAAAAAAAAAAGUCAAGAGUAGAAGUUUGUCAUAAUUUUGCUGUCUACCUAUGGGUCUGCAGCUGCUACAGACUUAGUGUUUGUGUCCCUACAAGAUCUGUUAAGUUAAAUCUUAACCCCCAAUAUGAUGGUAUUGGGAGGUGGGGCUUUUGGGAGGUGAUUAGGUUGUGAGGGCAGAGCUCUCAUGGGUGGGAUAUCAGUGCUCUUAUAAAAGAACCCCAGCAAUGGCACCUGUGGCUCAGUGAGUAGGGCACUGUCCCCAUAUACUGAGGGUGGCGGGUUCAAACCCAGCCCCGGCCAAACUACAACAAAAAAAUAGCCGGGCGUUGUGGUGGGUGCCUGUAGUCCUAGCUACUCAGGAGGCUGAGGCAAGAGAAUCACCUAAGCCUAAGAGCUGGAGGUUGCUGUGAGCUGUGAUGCUACAGCACUCUACUGAGGGCGAGAAAGUGAGACUGUCUCUAAAAAAAAAAAAAAUAAUAAUAAAAAAAUGAUCCCAGAGACCUCCUAUGCCCCUUCUAGCACAUGAGAAGGCAGUGUGAAGAUAGUGGUCUAUAAACUAGAACUGGGCUGUGACCAGACACUGCAUCUGCGGGCACCUUAAACUUGGACUUUCCAGCCUCCAGAAAUAUGAGAAAUAAGUUC